CAGAUCCCCACUGGAACUCAGAGCGCUGCUGCUCUUCCUUUCCUCCAGUUUCCAGGCAGCCCACCGCGGGGGAAGAAGCGCUCUCCUCCCGCAGACUGCCAGGCUCCUGCUUCUCACGUAGAGCCACGGACUGCCGAAGCUGCCAGGCGGUGGCGACGGAUAAAGCAGGACCGGGCCGCUGUACAGGGAGUGGGGUCAAGUCUGGAUUGUGGAAACGGAGAAAAACGUCGCUAACUGGAGCUGUGCCGUGAUGUGGUGACGCCGCUUAGCCGCCGUAUCGACGGGAAGCUAGCGUUAGCCGUAGCGCUAACGCUGCUGGAGACUUUCGUAACUUCAGCAGCUUUGGAGAGCUGUUUUAGGAUUUUAUCACUUUAAACACUUUAAAACAUAGGGUUAUAUUAUAUAUAUUAUAUCAUGCUGUGUACUUUUAUACGAAUCUGAGCGUUAGGCGUUAUUUGAUAAAUGAAAACCAGUGAGCGUUAGCUACUUAGCAGGCUAGUAGCUGUCGACUUUAAACUGACUCCAAGCCAAAGAUUUCUGCUUCAAAUUAGCUAGCCGCUAAGCAACAGUUUCCACGUCACCUGACUGGAUCACGGUGUAUCUGUCAGUUACGAAAUGCUAUUUUCGACGAGAAUAGCAUUUUAUUUCAGGGUGUUUGUUUGUUAUUGAGGUGCAAAGAUCGACACUUUACUUCCAAAUCCAGGAAUGCAAUCAUCGAAUCACCAGCUCUCUCAGAAACUAGCGUGCUAACACGGAGUUAGCCGGCCAAAGUUGGAAGAAUACUGCCCCCCUGCUCACUCUGUGAGGGUCUGAGGCCUUAAGGAAAAGAUCCCGUUUUCCCUUCUAAAAGACGCCUCCACAGCCUUAACCUGAACCCUGAACGGAAUUCAAAAUUCCCGAAUAGCUCUGGAUAUUUUUGAAGGCCGUUACAAAGAGUUGGAUUUAUCUCCAAAACGUGGAUUACAAAAGACUUUGGAUUAACGUCAUACUGCAAAGAUGAUGUGUGAGGUGAUGCCCACCAUCAGUGAGACAGAAGGGCCUGGUGGGGGGAACGGGACCGGCCGCCGAGGCUCCGGCUCCCCACUGCAGUCCGACUCCGAGGGCCACUUUGAGUCGUUGAUGGUGUCCAUGCUGGAGGAGAGGGAUCGCCUUCUAGACACUCUGAGAGAGACUCAGGAGAAUCUGGGCCUGACUCAGGGCAAGCUGCAUGAAGUUAGCCAUGAAAGGGACUCCCUGCAGAGGCAACUCAACACUGCUUUACCACAGGAGUUUGCUGCGCUGACGAAGGAAGUGAACUUGUAUCGAGAGCAGCUUCUGGAGAAGGAGGAGGAGAUUGCAGAGCUGAAGGCAGAGAGAAACAACACCCGGCUGUUGUUGGAGCACUUGGAGUGUCUGGUGUCUCGUCAUGAGCGCAGUCUGAGGAUGACUGUGGUGAAGAGGCAGGCUCAGUCUCCUGCAGGUGUCUCCAGUGAGGUGGAGGUCCUCAAAGCUCUUAAGUCACUUUUUGAACACCACAAAGCCCUUGAUGAGAAGGUGAGAGAGCGACUUCGUGUUGCUUUAGAGCGAUGCAGUGCAUUGGAGGAGCAACUCGCCAUCUCACACAAAGAACUUGCUUACCUCAGGGAGCAGAGCAGCCAGAAGAGAGGCCUGGCUGAUGGAACCAGUGAGGUCAACCACACGUCUGAAAACGCACCCAGCACCAACGGCAAGCGGUCCUCGGAUGGUUCACUGAGUCAGGAAGAAGAGUCUGGACCCAGGUUCGGGAAGGUUGGUGAGCUCCAGGAGGUAGUGGACCGUCAGACUGCUGAUUUGGGCCAAAUGAAGGAGCGCAUGGCUGUUAUGGCAUCACGCGUCAGCGAGCUGGAGGAGGACCUGGACACAGCGAGGAAAGACCUCAUAAAGUCUGAAGACAUGAACACGAGGCUUCAGCGAGACCUUAGAGAGUCUAUGGCUCAGAAGGAGGACAUGGAGGAGAGGAUCACCACCUUGGAGAAGCGCUACCUGGCGGCGCAGCGCGAGGCCACGUCUGUCCAUGACCUCAACGACAAGCUAGAGAAUGAAGUGGCCAACAAGGACUCCCUCUACAGACAGUCAGAGGACAGAAACCGGCAGCUGCAGGAGAAGCUGGAGCUCGCGGAGCAGAAGCUGCAGCAGACCAUCCGCAAAGCAGAGACUCUGCCUGAGGUGGAAGCUGAGCUGGCUCAGAGGGUCGCUGCCCUCACAAAGACUCACACCAAGGCGGAGGAACGCCACGGCAACGUGGAGGAGCGACUGAGACAGAUGGAGGCCCAGCUGGAGGAGAAGAACCAGGAACUUCUCAGGGCAAGGCAGCGAGAGAAGAUGAACGAGGAGCACAACAGACGCCUGUCUGAGACGGUGGAUAAGCUCCUAUCAGAGUCCAACGAGAGGCUGCAGCUUCACCUCAAAGAGAGGAUGUCUGCUCUGGAGGACAAGAACGCACUCAUAAGAGAACUGGAGCACACCAAGAAGCUGAUCGAGGAAUCUCACCACGAGAAGGAGCAACUCCUAAUCCAGAUUGAGACCAUGAGGGCAGAGAAUGAGCAGGGCAGGAGCAGGAGUAACUCCUUAAUGCACGGGCGCUCUCCACUGGGCAGCACUCCUGACUUCAGGUACCCAGUCUCAGCAUCCUCCAUGAUGGACAGCAGCUCGGAGCAUUACAGCAGCGCUCUAGUUCUGAGACGGCCUCAGAAAGCGCGUGUGGCGGCGCUCCGGGACGAGCCGUCCAAGCGACAUGUGCAGACUCUGAAUGAGCAGGAGUGGGAGCGCAUGCAGCAGGCUAACGUCCUGGCUAACGUGGCCCAGGCAUUCGAGAGCGACAUGGACGUCUCGGACCUGGAGGAGGACAGGGAGACUAUUUUCAGCUCGGUGGACCUGCUGUCCCCUGCUGGUCAGGCCGAUGCACAGACGCUCGCCUUAAUGCUGCAGGAGCAGCUGGAUGCCAUCAACAAUGAAAUCAGGAUGAUCCAAGAAGAGAAGGAGAGCACGGCCAUCCGAGCAGAAGAGAUCGAGUGCAGAGUGGGCAGCAGCGACGGCCUGGGAGGACGUUUCCGCUCGCUGAGCUCCAUACCACCGUCCCUGUGUGCGGGCUCGUCGUUGGGUGGAUCGCCGCCCAAUUCGGGCCAGUCCACCCCCAGACGUGUUCCCCGCAGCCCCAACAGGGAAAUGGAUCGGAUGGGGGUCAUGACCUUGUCUGCUCAGGACGACAAGACCACCAUCAGAUGUGAGACGUCCCCCCCCACCACUCCGCGCUCCAUGCGCCUAAACAGGGAAGUAGGACAUGCUUCCAGCCAGGAGGACAUCAGAGACAUACGAGGUUUGGGAAGCCUGCAGGACGGCCAAGGUAGCAACCCCAGCAGCAGCAACAGCAGCCAGGACUCCCUCAACAAAGCAGCCAAGAAGAAGAGCAUCAAGUCUUCAAUUGGACGCCUCUUCGGCAAGAAGGAGAAGGGCCGGCCCAGCAUUCCUGGGAAGGACUCCCCCAGCCAAGCUGGAACUCCUGAUGCAGAGAGCUCUCCAAAGGACGGUCUGGGAGUGGGCACAUUAGGAGGUCCUUCUGAGAAGAACAGGAAGCUGCAGAAGAACCCAAAGACUGGGCAUGAGUUGCUGGAAGAGGCUCGCAGGCAGGGCCUGCCGUUCGCUCAGUGGGACGGACCAACUGUGGUGGCUUGGUUGGAGUUGUGGGUGGGCAUGCCUGCCUGGUACGUGGCUGCUUGCCGAGCCAACGUGAAGAGCGGAGCCAUCAUGUCGGCGCUGUCCGACACAGAAAUCCAAAGAGAGAUUGGUAUCAGCAACCCCCUGCAUCGUCUCAAACUCCGACUGGCCAUCCAGGAAAUCAUGUCCCUCACCAGCCCUUCUGCCCCGCCCACCUCCAGAACGUCUACAGGAAACGUUUGGGUCACACAUGAAGAGAUGGAAAGUUUGGCAGCCACACCUCCUACGGAGGAUGACGAGGGCAGCUGGGCCCAGACGUUGGCGUAUGGAGACAUGAACCACGAGUGGAUCGGUAACGAGUGGCUGCCCAGCCUGGGUCUGCCUCAGUACCGCUCGUACUUCAUGGAGUCUCUGGUGGACGCCCGAAUGCUCGACCACCUGACCAAGAAGGACCUGAGAGGACAGCUGAAGAUGGUGGACAGCUUCCACAGGAACAGCUUUCAGUGUGGUGUGAUGUGUCUGAGGAGGCUGAAUUACGACAGGAAGGAGCUGGAGAAGAGGAGAGAGGAGUCCCAGCUGCAGCUCACAGACCUGCUGGUGUGGACGAACGAGCGUGUGAUCACCUGGGUUCAGGCCAUCGGCCUCAAAGAGUACAGCAGCAACCUUUACGAGAGCGGUGUUCACGGAGCGCUGCUGGCCCUGGAUGAAAGCUUCGAUCACAACUCGCUGGCUCUGCUGCUGCAGAUCCCCACACAAAACACACAGGCCAGAGCCGCUCUAGAGCGAGAAUACACCAGUCUGAUGGCCAUCGGUGCAGACAGGAAACUAGAGGAGGAUGAUGAUAAGAACUUUCGUCGUGCACCUUCAUGGAGAAAGAAGUUCAGGCCCAAAGACAUGAGGGGGAUGUCGUUGGGUGCAUCAGAUACCCUGCCUGCCAACUUCAGAGUGACGAGCAGCAGCGUGGCCUCGCCCUCCAUGCAGCCAAAGAGAAACCAGAUGGAUGGAGGUCAGUCUAUACAGAGGCUGGACACUGCCACAGUCAGGACCUACUCUUGUUAACACACAACGUUUAUCCUCAUUAUUUCUAUAGGUAACCGCUGGUCCGAGGAUGAAGGGGAAUUCCCUGCUUUCAGAACCAGGAUGAUGAACUGAAACGAGGCUGAAAAGGACAGUUUAUGGACAGACUUGACUGAGAUAAAACUUUCUAGAUUAAUCUACAUUUUUAUGAUAUUUAUGUGAACCAAUGGGGAAUUUUGAUUUGGAGUUAUUAUGUACCCUCUUUUUGCCUCUGUCCCCUUAAUCAGCCCACUUUAUAAAACAGUUUGGUCUCAGAUUUCUGUAACUGAAUGUUUCUAUCGUCUGGAGUUUGUAUAUUUCUACCAACAGGCGUUUUAUCUAAUCUUUUUUAUAAUCCUGAUUAUUGACCAGAUGUAUGUUUUCCUUCUCUAAUCAUUGAAUUUAUUCUUAAGUGACUUUAAUAUGACAUAUAACUUAAUUCAUAUCCGUUCCCCCUUUUUGUAGCGUAUGACCUGUGAGUUUGUGUAGAUGCAGCUCUUAGUUGAACCAAUGUGUGAAUAUCAGAUUAAUUGCUGGAGUUCCAUCGCUUUGAACCCAACUGCUGGCAAGCCAGGUGAUGAGGACGACAAAUGUUGUGAAACAGAGUAAUUCUGCGUUCCUUCUUUAUUUUCAUAUCUAAUACCAAAAUAUCUUAAUGCUCCAGAGUUGAAGCCAUAUUACAGUAGCAGGAAAAUGAUGUGAAGGCUGCUUUCAGUGAAACCAGACUUCCAGGUUUUAUUCUCGUUGCAUGAACAAACUCCCUCACAGCUUUCCCUACAGAUCCCUUUAAGAAAAUCCAACCUUCCUCACCUCCGGAGAAACCCACAGACAGACUCGCUUAUUCAGGAGGAAGUCUGAAGUCUGGGGACUCCUUUAACGGACCAAGUUCACCGAGGCCUCAGCUGGUCCCCGCUGCGAUCACUACACAUCCUCCAAGGCGGUGCGAUCCACCCAGAAUACUUUUUUUAAAUCACUUUGUACUAAGAUUUUAUACCAAGCCUUAUUGUUUAACUCCUCUCCUGUCUCUUAUUUAUUAUCAGUCAUCCAUGUUGUGUCGUCAGUUUUACAGUCAGAGCUGAAGCUGCUCUUUGUUCGUCAGAAACACAGGCUCCAACAUUCGAAAGAGAAGGAACCGACGUUUUCUUUUCCGUGUAGCUCAUUCAGAAAUCUGUAUUUUUUUUUUUCCUUGUGAUUUAUCAUUUAUGCACAAAGCAAAUCAUGUUGCUGUUUUUAUUCCUGCUUCUCCUGUUGACUCUUCUGAUCUUGUAACAAUGAUGUACAGUCUGAGUACUUAUAAACUAUUUUUAUCACAGUAUUAUUUAUUGCUUACUUUCAAUAAAAUACUGAAACUUAUUUUCCACUGCA